GAAGCGAAAAAAUCUCAAAAAAGUUUGAUAUUGUUCCGAGUGUCGUUAUGUGCAGCUAUUAGCUUGGAUAUUGAGUCUUACGAAAAGUAUAAAGAUUCCGAUAUUUUCAAUUUUUCGGGCUCGGAAGUUAAACGAUUCAUGUUGUGCGAAGUUCAUUAUUAAGGCUUUGUAUUGUAUACCAUUGUGAUACGUUGUGCAACCGUUUUAUCGGUGUAAUCAGUGCGGCGAGCCACGAGACCCGAUCCGUGGUGCGAAAAGACAUAUAGGUGACCGCCAACUCCCCACUUCUCCGCCUCGGAAUCCUUGUACCAGGGUGACGUAGGUCGGAGAACUUCACAGUCGCCUGCGCCGCGACCCUUCACCUCCGCCGCUAGACACGUUGCACUCUAUAAAUUUAUACGUUACAUGGUGUGGCCGUGGCUGAGAUUCCACCUUGGUCUUUUCGCGGUAAUCUUUUCAAUGGAAAUUCGCACGUGAAAGGCCUGUGAACACUGUGUUCUAGUUCACCCCGAUUGUAUAGAAAAGAUCUCGGAAAUUUCAUAAAAUAUGAGUGAGCCAUCAAACAAAAAUGGUAAACCAACAGUUAUUGGUGUAUACGGCAUACAAGGCAGUGGCAAAACAACCAUCAUUCGGCAUCUUCGGCAUCAUUUAGAUGACAUCUUUGUAUUUUUUGAAGGUUCUGGGGUGAUUGCCCAGAUUCUGCCAAUUGAGGCAUUCAAGAACAAAGAUGACCAAGAAAAACAUGUUAUCCGAUGCGAGUGUAUCAGCAGAAUCCAAAAAAAAUGUGAAACCGAAGAAAAAAUAGGCAUUGUAGAUGGCCAUGCAAGUUUUUUCUCAAAGGAGGACAAAAAAAGUUUUCCAGUCUACACAGAUAAAGAUCUAGAAGUCUACACGCACAUAAUUUAUUUGUGUCCAGACAUAAGCACUAUUUUUGAACGACGCAAAAAUGAUCUGCGCCGAAACCGCGAGCACCUUUCCAUCGAAUGUCUUCAGCAAUGGCAGACCGAAGAAUUGACGCUGCUCCGGAAAAUUUGUCGCGAGAAUGGCAUUCUCCUCAAAGCGGUAAAAUCACCGGAGCCCCUGCAAGAGGUGCUCGCUCUGGUGCGGGAUUUCGCCGAGCACAACGAAGCGGUCAACCUCGAGAGGGCCAAAAAAAUGUUGGACGCGGCUCUCUGCGAUUCAGUCGAGACUGUUUUCGUCUUCGACGGGGAUAAAACCCUCGCGCCGAUGGAUGCGAGCGAAAUGUUCUGGGCAGAGACACCCGCGGGGGUCAGCCCAGUCUCGGAAGCCCUCUCGAUCAGCGGCCCGACGCAGGAAUAUUCAUAUCAUUCUUUCCGCCAGGUGUGCCUCUUAUACGAGGAGGCCGCCGAAGAUAUAAAUUACGAAAAGGCAUGCAGAGAAACUGCAAAAAGAGUAAAUUUGCACCCCGAACUACAGGAAUUGAUCAAACGCGCAAGUGGACAAAACCACGUAGGUGUAAUUGUAAUUACUGCGGGUAACCGGAGAAUCUGGGAGCUAGUCCUACAAAGUCAGGGCUUAGCUGGUAUUCAGGUCAUCGCGGGAAAUCGUCUGAAAGAUGGGUACGUAGUUAGUAAAGAUGUUAAAACUUCUUUAGUACAACAUUUAAGGAAGAAAAAUUUGUUCGUGGUAUCGUUUGGAGACAGUCCGUUAGACAUGGGACUACUUAAAGAAGCGAACAACGCAAUAGUGGUCGUCGGGCCCGAGGACGUACGCAGUAAAAAAAUGAAAUUUGAACUGCAAAAAGCUCUCGACGAUGACAAUGGUAGCUUUUCAAAAAUUGGUCAGCUUCUGCUGGGAACCGAGACUCCACUUGAUUGCUCUCCUUUGCCCAUAAUCAAUCUGGACGAGUCCUUAUUAGAGAUAUGGUUUUGCCGCCGUGUUCGAGUGAUCAUAGCUGACGAAAUGCCCGCCAAAUUUCUCAUGACUCCAACCAGAGACAAAAGAUUUUCCGGGAAAGCUCUGUACAACGAAUUUAGUAAAAUCGGAAGGUACUUGGCUACAAAUCAUCUCCCCAAUAUCAUCAAAAUCGAAAAAUACGAAAUCCCGCACGUGCAAGGGAAUAUGACCGAUGGAUACAGGAUGACCGAAAAGUCCACGACCAUCAUCGCGCUGAUGCGGGCAGGGUUGCCCGUGGCUAUAGGGGUGUGGGAAACGAUGCCGAGGGCGAUGUUCCAUCUUUCCUGGAGGGUGGCGGAUUGUCAGGAUCCUAUUUUGAGGGAUCAAUCAACGAUUAUUGUUGCCGAUGCUGUGAUCAAUUCCGGCGGAACCAUCGCUAAAUAUGUAAAGGCCAUCCGCGAAAAAAACAGAUCGGCGAGGAUAGUAGUCUUCGCGGGUGUUACCCAGGAAGACGCCGUUUUUGACAAGAACGGAAGAAGAGCGUAUCUCUCUAUGGAAUUGGGUCAUUUAGAUGUGACCAUAGUAAGCCUCCGCAUUUCCGCAAACAAAUAUCGUGGAUCAGGACACGUUGAUACGGGAAAUAGAAUUUUCAAUACGCCGCAUAUUAUUUAGGCUGUGAAGCUUCUGCGGGUUUCAAAAUAUUUUAAAAUGUUUUAAAUUUUGUUCUUUUUCAUACUAAAUGUGCGCAAAGUAAGAAUUUUGUUUUUGUAAUAUAGCGCUGCGCACGCCUCUGUAUCGUCCAUAAUAAUUAUUUACCAUAUGUUACAUAAGUUUUGAGCAUCUCAAGAUAAAAUUAGGUAUAUACUUCAAAUAUUCCAAUUUUGAGAAAAGUUACAAAUUAAGCUUAAGUUACUUUGAAAAUAAUUAUCCACGGCAGUUUGCGUACGUAAUAAGUAAAUAAAAACCAACACAUGAUAUGCUUUUUGGAGUUGCAAUUGUUUACUUAAAAAUCUGUCAUUAUUUUACCGUAAGUAGUGAUUUUCUUUUCCUUAAUAUAAGUGAGUUGAAUUAGUGUUGCGAAUAUCUUUUAAAAAAAUAUUCAGCAUAUAAACGUGUCUGCCUAUGAUAGAUCUAAGUGGAAGCCUUUCUCAUGAAAUUCACGGUAUGAUGAGUUAUUUUUCAAUUUAUAUUGUGUCAACCCCAUACUCUUUUAGUUUAUUUUAUAUAUACUUAUUCAUCCAAUUCUACCGCUGAUUGGAACUGAAAAAUCUCGUUUGAUUCGUUAAAGUUCUGGCGAACUAUAUACCUUGUAAUGCUCAAUUUAUUUGCUGUUAAAAGUUCACCUGCUAAGUAAAAUGUUUUAGCAGGGUAGUAGGAAUGCCACCCUUCUCGGGGUUUUUUAUAGAUAAAUGGAUCGUAUUAAGGUAGCAUUGUCGUAUAUGUAUAAUUUUCGUUAUUGUAUGUUAUUGUAAGUAAUUAUUGUGUUUCAAAGUCAUCCUCUUUUAUUUUAUUUUAUUUCUUACAUACUCAUCGAUUCAAUUCUUCUGCUGUCACGGAAAAAUCUUGUUCGAACCAUUAAAAUGUUGACUACCUCUGUACUUUGCAAUUCUCAAUUUGUUACCGGAAGUUCACUUGCCGGGGUAAAUAUUCAUUUAUUGUUAGCUAGUAGGAAUGCCAGCCCUCUUGGGGCUCUUAUCAGAUAAAUUGAUCAUACGAAUUGGC